AUGCCAUUUGGGUGCCUUGCCCUGCGAGAUGGGCGGAACUUAGACAACAUCUCUGAUGUCACCGACAAGUACGAGAUUGGACAGGUCCUCAAAGCGUAAGCACCAUGUAAUACUAUAGACACCAUAGACAUUAGUAGAGGGUUGGCCACGCCAGCCACCCUUGCAAUAGGCUAAGGGCUAUUGGUGUCCCAAAUGGCACCCUAUUCCCUAUAUAGUGCACUACUUUUGACCAGAUCCCUAUGGGCCCUUGUCAAAAGUAGUGCACUACAUUUGGGACGUAGUCUAAAUGUAACGGAAUUCACCUCCAUACAGUGCAUUCGGAAAGUACUCAGCCCCCUUUACUUUUUCCACAUUUUGUUACAUUUACAUUUUACAUUUUAGUCAUUUAGCAGACGCUCUUAUCCAGAGCGACUUACAGUUAGUGAGUGCAUACAUGUUUUUUUGUUUGUUUUGUUUUUUGUCAUACCGGCCCCCCGUUGGAAACGAACCCACAUCCCUGCCGGCCAAACCCUCUCAUACCUUGGACGACGCUGGACCAAUUGUGCGCCGCCCAUGGGCGUUACAGUAUUAUUCUAAAAUUGAUAAAAUUGUUUUUUUCCCCUCAUCAAUCUACACACAAUACCCCAUAAUGACAAAGCAAAAACAGCUUUUUAUAAAUGUUUGCAAAUUUAUUAAAAACAAAAAACUGAAAUAUCAAAUUUACAUAAAUAUUCAGACCCUUCCAACUUACUUUGUUGAAGCACCUUUGGCAGCGAUUACAGCCUCGAGUCUUCUUGGGUAUGACACUACGCCUGUAUUUGGGGAGUUUCUCCCAUUCUUCUCUGCAGAUCCUCUCAAGCUCUGUCAGGUUGGAUGGGGAGCGUUGCUGCACAGCUAUUUUCAGGUCUCUCCAGAGAUGUUCGAUCAGGUUCAAGUCCAGGCUCUGGCUGGGCCACUCAAGGACAUUCAGAGACUUGUCCCGAAGCCACUCCUGCGUUGUCUUUGCUGUGUGCUUAGGGUCGUUGUCCUGUUGGAAGGUAAACCUUCGCCCCAGUCUGAGGUCCUGAGCAGUCUGGAGCAGGUUUUCAUCAAGGAUCUCUCUGUACUGUGCUCCGUUCAUCUUUCCCUCGAUCCUGACUAGUCUCCCAGUCCCUGUCGCUGAAAAACAUCCCCACAGCAUGAUGCUGCCACCACCAUGCUUCACCAUAGGGAUGGUGCCAGGUUUCCUCCAGACAUGAAGCUUGGCAAACUCCAAGUGGGCUGACAUGUGCCUUUUACUGAGGAGUAGCUUCCGUCUGGCCACUCUACCAUAAAGGACUAAUUGCUGGAGUACUGCAGAGAUGGUUGUCCUUCUGGAAGGUUCUCCAAUCUCCACAGAGGAACUAUGGAGCUCUGUCAGAGUGACCAUCAGGUUCUUGGUCACCUCCCUGACCAAGGUACUUCUCCCCCGAUUGCUCAGUUUGGCUGGGCGGCCAGCUCUAGGAAGAGUCUUGGUGGUUCCAAACGUCUUGGGGACCUUCAAUGCUGCAGAAAUGUUUUGGUACCCUUCCCUAGAUCUGUGCCUCGACCCAAUCCUGUCUCGGAGCUCUACGGACAAUUCCAUCGACCUCAUGGCUUGGUUUCUGCUCUGACAUGCACUGUCAACUGUGGGACCUUAUAUAGACAGGUGUGUGCCUUUCCAAAUCAUGUCCAAUCAAUUUAAUUUACCACAGAUGGACUCCAAUCAAGUUGUAGAAACAUCUCAAGGAUGAUCAAUGGAAACAGGAUGCACCUGAGCUCAAUUUCGAGUCUCAUAACAAAGGGUCUGAAUACUUAUGUAAAUACGGUAUUUCUGUUUUUUUUGCUAAAAAUUAUAAAAACCUGUUUUCGCUUUGUCAUUAUGGGGUAUUGUGUGUAGAUUGAUGAGGAAAUGUUUUUAUUUCAUACAUUUUAGAAUAAGGCUGUAAAGAAAACAAAAUGUGGAAAAAAUUCAAGGGGUCUGAAACUUUCCGAAUGCACUGUAUGCAGCAGCUGUUCCUCAAACAGUGUUUCAUUUCAUUUAGUUUCCCAGUUCCUCCCCCCCCCCCUCCCCUCCUCUCUCCUCCCCCCUCCCCUCCUCUCUCCUCCCCCCCUCCCCCUCCUCUCUCCUCCCCCCUCCCCUCCUCUCUCCUCCCCCCUCCCCUCCUCUCUCCUCCCUCCUCCCCUCCUCUCUCCUCCCCCCUCCCCUCCUCUCUCCUCCCCCCUCCACUCCUCUCUCCCCCCCCCCUCCCCUCCUCUCUCCUCCCCCCCUCCCCUCCUCUCUCCUCUCUCCUCCCCCCUCCCCUCCUCUCUCCUCCCCCCUCCCCUCCUCUCUCCUCCCCCCUCCCCUCCUCUCUCCUCUACCCUGUAGUUCUGGACUCCUCUUCUGUAAAUUAACUGAACUAGGUAGGACAUGCUGUCAGAAAGCUGUGAGAAUCUGAUGCCUGCUGCACUGACCGGCUUAUGACCGACACACAGCUCAGUGUGCUGCCAUAUGGCAACACCAACAUCUGGACUUUUAUAUAACACACACACACACACACGUACUGCACACACACACACACACACACACACACACACACACACACACACACACACACACACACACACACACACACACACUGCACACACACACACUGCACACACACACACACACACACACACACAUACUGCACACACACACACACACACUGCACACACACACACACAGACACACACACACAUACUACACACACACACACACUGCACACACACACACAGACACACACACACACACAAAAACACACACACAUACAUGCUACACACACACACACACUGCGCACACACACACUGCACACACACACACACACACACACUGCACACACACACACACACACACAUACAGUGGGGAGAACAAGUAUUUGAUACACUGCCGAUUUUGCAGGUUUUUCUACUUACAAAGCAUGUAGAGGUCUGUAAUUUUUAUCAUAGGUACACUUCAACUGUGAGAGACGGAAUCUAAAAUAAAAAUCCAGAAAAUCACAUUGUAUGAUUUGUAAGUAAUUAAUUUGCAUUUUAUUGCAUUACAUUCCAUUACAUGAAAUCCAAAUAAAAAUUCAGGUUGUAAUGCAACAAAAUAGGAAAGAUGCCAAGGGGGAUGAAUACUUUUGCAAGGCACUGUAUGUUAUAUAGUGACUAUUUCAAUAACAACUAUUGAAACAUUUCUGAACACUGGAGCUAUAAGUAGGGAGAUUUUUUGUUGUUGUUGGUAUUUUACCCCCUUUUUCGAGGCAUCCAAUUGGUAGUUACAGUCUUGUCCCAUCGAGAGGCAAAGGUCGAGAGUUGUGCAUCCUCCGAAACACAACCCAACCGAGCCUCACUGCUUCUUGACACAGUGCCCGCUUAACCUGGAAGCCAGCCGCCCCAAUGUGCCGGAGGAAACACCAUACACCUGCAGACCGAGUCUUCAUGCACUGCGCCCGGCCCACCACAGGAGUCGCUAGUGCGCGAUGGGACAAGAACAUCCCUGCCCCAUGUGUCUCCCGGUCGCGGCCGGCUGCGACAGAGCCUGGAUUCGAACCAGGAUCUCUAGUGGCACAGCUAGCACUGCGAUGCAGUGCCUUAGACCACUGCGCCACUCGGGAGGCCCUUACAGGGAGAAUUCUGAACACUGGAGCUAUAAGCAUACAGGGAGAAGAUUUCACCAAAUAUGUUUUAUACAGUCAUUAUGUGUCAGGUAAAGGGGAAACCAUAUGUUCAUAUUCUGUAAACCAAGGGUUGAUUAGUGACAUCAUGUGAUGUUGGCAUGGAGACAGGAACUAACACACGUCUUUCUGCUCCUUUGUGGGUGUGGUUGAUUUGUGGGUGUGGUUGAUUUGUGGGUGUGGUUGAUUUGUGGGUGUGGUUUAAGGCUGUUGUGUGUCUCAGAGAUGAAUCCUAACGUCUCUCAUUAACAGUUAAGUUAGGAUUUGCCCGUCAGUGUUUAGUAAUAGUGUUUAGGACCGCGGUGUGUCUCCUGAAUCCUGACUUCCACUUAAGUUUCCUAGUAAUAUUAAUGCAAUGGAAGUCAGGAUUCGUCCGUCAGUAUUUAGGAUGUAUUGUUUAGUAUUUUAUCUCAGGUGUAUAGUAUUCCCUGUAGAGUGUAGAUUGUUAUUGUGUAUCUCUCUCAGGGCAGUAGCAGAGUUGAAGCCACUUUUCAACCUCAUGUUCAUCAUCUCCAGCACCAUACAUGUGUGAAAACGGGGCGUUUCUGUGGUUAGAAAGAUCGGAUUUUCUGCCGGAAAUCACUAAAUCACUGGACCUUUACCACCGGAUCAUCGCAACAAGCUAUCUGCAACCAAAUGGAUGUUGUUGUUGGCUAAUCAGCCUUGAGCUAGCCUCGAGUCAGGCACAUCUCCUGGCUAUCUACCUCUCUGUCAACCGGACGGGACCUCCUAGGGUCGACACGGAGCCCCGCCCAUCCAUCACGACUGGUCUGCCGACGUAAUCGUCUGUGGUUUCAACAGGCUUCCCGUUGCGACGACCACGAAGAUCCAUCUGCUAGCCCCGGUCCGCUAGCACACGCAAACAACAGCCGUGCUUCCUGCUCGCUGUGCUGUAGCAUCAAUUCGAACUGCUCUCGGACUCACAUAUUGCUGUUCACUGGACCUUAUGAUCACUCAGCUGCACAGCUAAUACCUGCUGGACUGUUCCUUUACACGGUACACCAUCCUGUUUAUCUGUUUAGCCUCAGCCCAAACCUUCGUCGCCAUUACCAGUUGUUGUCUUAGCUCUCUCUAAUAACACCUGUGAUUGCUUUAUGCCUCUCUCCCAUGUCAAUAUGCCUUGCCUAUUGCUGUUCCAGUUAGUUCUUAUUAUACAAUUUCACUGUAGAACCCCUAGUCCCUCUCAAACUGCCUCAAAUAGCUCCUUUGUUCCACCCCCCAUACACGCAGAGGCCGGCUCAAUCGGUGCCUCCAGUGAUGCUAUCUCUUUCAUUGUUACCCAACGCUUAGGUUUACCUCCACUGUACUCAUAUCCUUCCAUAUCCUUGUCUGUACAUAAUGCCCUGAAUCUAUUCUACAACGGCCGGAAAUCUGCCCCCUUUAUUCUAUGUACCCAACGCACUAGAAGACCAGUUCUUAAAGCCUUUAGCCGUAUCCUUAUUCUAGUCCUCCUCUGUUCCUCUGGUGAUGUAGAGGUUAACCCAGGCCCUGCAGCCCCCAGUAUCACUCCUACUCCCCAGGAGCUAUCCUUUGUUGACUUCUGUAACCGUAUGUAGUAACUUGACAAGGAAUGCCCACACGCAUUUCAAUAUUACUUUCCUUUACUUUCAACCCAAUAAAUAGAAGGUACCAAAACAGCAGAACGAUGCAGCCCACUCAACCUGUGGUAGAAUCACAUUGUGCAGAUCUGACUCUUGGUGAUGACAUCAUCAAAGGGGAAAAGGUCACGGUCAAUGCCAAUAAUAACCAUGCACACAUGAAUAGCAAUCAUACUAUACUGCAGGCAAGUUACAACACAUAUUCAAUGUAAUUAUUUAUAUAGCGUCCACACUAUAACACCGUAAAAGCCUUGUUUUUCUGCACGUUAAAAUCAGAAGCCUCCUCCCCAAGUUUGAGUUAUUCACUGCGUUAGCACACUCCGCCAACUCUGAUGUUCUAGCAGUGUCUGAAUCCUGGCUUGGGAAGGCCACCAAAAAUGCUCCAACUACAACAUUUUCCGUCUAGAUAGAAUUGCCAAAGGGGGCGGAGUUGCAAUCUACUGUAGAGAUAGCCUGCAGAGCUCUAUCAUACUAUCCAGGUCUGUGCCCAAAACAGUUUGAGCUUCUACUUCUAAAAAUCCACCUUUCCAGAAAUAAGACCACCCCUCAUCACUGUCAAACGCUCCCUAAAACACUUUAGCGAGCAGGCCUUCCUAAUUGACCUGGCCCAGGUAUCCUGGAUGGAUAUCGAUCUCAUUCCGUCAGUAGAGGAUGCCUGGUUGUUCUUUAAAAGUGCUUUCCUCUCAAUCUUAAAUAAGCAUUCCCCAUUCAAAAAAUUCAGAACUAAGAACAGAUAUAGCCCCUGGAUCUCCUCAGACUUGACUGCCCUUGACCAGCACAAAAACAUCCUGUGGCGUACUGCAUUAGCAUCGAAUAGCCCCCGCGAUAUGCAACUUUUCAGGGAAGUCAAGAACCAAUAUACACAAGCAGUUAGGAAAGCAAAGGUUAUCUUUUUCGAACAGAAAUUUGAAUGCUGUAGCACUAACUCCAAAAAGUUUUGGGACACUGUAAAGUCCAUGGAGAAUAAGAGCACCUCCUCCCAGCUGCCCACUGCACUGAGGCUAGGAAACACUGUCACCAUCGAUAAAUCUACAAUAAUCGAGAAUUUCAACAAGCAUUUUGCUACGGCUGGCCAUGCUUUCCACCUGGCUACCACUACCACGGUCACCAGCUCUGCACCCUCCGCUGCAACUUGCCCAUGCCCCCCCCGCUUCUCCUUCACACAAAUUCAGACAGCUGAUGUUCUGAAAGAGCUGCAAAAUCUGGACCCCUACAAAUCAUCUGGGCUAGACAAUCUGGACCCUUUCUUUCAAAAAAUAGCAGCCGAAAUUGUCCCAAACCCUAUUACUAGCCUGUUCAACCUCUCUUUCGUAACGUCUGAGAUCCCCAGAGAUUGGAAAGCUGUCGCGGUCAUCCCCCUCUUCAAAGGGGGUGACACUCUAGAUCCAAACUGUUACAGACCUAUAUCCAUCCUGCCCUGCCUUUCGAACGUUUUUGAAAGCCAAGUUAACAAACAGAUCACCGACCAUUUCGAAUCCCACCGUACCUUCUCCGCUAUGCAAUCUGGUUUCCGAGCUGGUCAUGGGUGCCACGCUCAAGGUCCUAAACGAUAUUAUAACCGCAAUCGAUAAUAGACAGUACUGUGCAGCCGUCUUCAUCGACCUGGCCAAGGCUUUCGACUCUGUCAACCACCGCAUUCUUAUUGGCAGACUAAAUAGCCUUGGUUUCUCAAAUGACUGCCUCGCCUGGUUCACCAACUACUUCUCAGAUAGAGUUCAAUGUGUCAAAUCGGAGGGCCUGUUGUCUGGACCUAUGGCAGUCUCUAUGGGGGUGGCACAGGGUUCAAUUCUUGGGCCGACUCUUUUCUCCGUGUAUAUCAAUGAUAUCGCUCUUGCUGCUGGUGACUCUCAGAUCCACCUCUACGCAGACGACACCAUUUUGUAUACAUCUGGCCCUUCAUUGGACACUGUGUUAACAAACCUCCAAACGAGCUUCACUGCCAUACAACACUCCUUCCGUAGCCUCCAACUGCUCUUAAACACUAGUAAAACUAAAUGCAUGCUCUUCAAUCGAAUGCUGCUGGCACCCGCCCACCCGACUAGAAUCACUACUCUCGACGGGUCUGACCUAGAGUAUGUGGACAACUACAAAUACCUAGGUGUCUGGUUAGACUGUAAACUCUCCUUCCAGACUCACAUUAAGCAUCUCCAAUCCAAAGUUAAAUCUAGAAUCGGCUUCCUAUUUCGCAACAAAGCCUCCUUCACUCAUGCUGCCAAACAUGCCCUCGUAAAACUGACUAUCCUACCGAUCCUUGACUUCGGCGAUGUCAUUUACAAAAUAGCCUCCAACACUCUACUCAGCAAAUUGGAUGUAUUCUAUCACAGUGCCAUCUGUUUUGUCACCAAAGCCCCAUAUACUACCCACCACUGUGACCUGUACGCUCUCGUUGGCUGGCCCUCACUACAUAUUCGUCGCCAAACCCACUGGCUCCAUGCCAUCUAUAAAUCACUGCUAGGCAAAUCCCCGCCUUAUCUUAGUUCAUUGGUCACCAUAGCAACACCCACCCGUAGUAUGCGCUCCAGCAGGUAUAUCUCACUGGUCAUCCCCAAAGCCAACACCUCCUUUGGCCGCCAUUCCUUCCAGUUCUCUGCUGCCAAUGACUGGAACGAACUGCAAAAAUCUCUGAAGCUGGAGACUCUUAUCUCCCUCAAUAACUUUAAGCAUCAGUUGUCAGAGCACCAGAUCACUGCACCUGUACACAGCCCAUCUGAAAUUAGCCCACCCAACUACCUCAUCCCCAUAUUGUUAUUUAUUUUGCUCAUUUGCACCCCAGUAUCUCUAUUUGCACAUCAUCUCUUGCACAUCUAUCAUUCCAGUGUUAAUACUAAUUGUAAUUAUUUUGCACCAUGGCCUAUUUAUUGCCUUACCUCCAUAACUUGCUACAUUUGCACACACUGUAUAUAUAUCUUCUGUUGUAUUUUUGACUUUAUGUUUUGUUUUACCCCAUAUGUAACUCUGUGUUGUUGUUUUUAUCGCACUGCUUUGCUUUAUCUUGGCCGGGUCGCAGUUGUAAAUGAGAACUUGUUCUCCACUGGCUUCUUACCUGGUUAAAUAAAGGCUUCUUACCUGGUUAAAUAAAGGCUUCUUACCUGGUUAAAUAAAGGCUUCUUACCUGGUUAAAUAAAGGUGAAAUUAAAAAAAUCAGAAGCAAGGUCUUAACAAAUGCUGCUCUGUGACAUCACAGGGUAGGAUUAAAAGUUUUUUUUUUUUAAACAGUGAUUUUCAAAACCAGCAAUGAGUUUCUAGCCAGAGGGGGGGUAUUUUCCAGCUCCCCACGACACUACGAAUCUCAUAGUGUUUCAAAAUCACUGUUUUAAAAACUUCAUAUUUGUUUCUUCAAAACAUAGAAAUGUGUAGUUUUCACAUAUGUAGACACUGGUAUUGUGCUGGAGACAAUGAACAUGAGGUUGAACAGUGGUGGAGUUACCAUUUUACGGUCUCCAUCCAGCCCACUUUAAUUAAAUCCUCUCACCACAUUUCAUCACCCAGCAGAGUCUGUUCAUUAUGUAGUCUGUUCUGUUCAUUAUGUAGUCUGUUCUGUUCAUUAUGUAGUCUGUUCUGUUCAUUAUGUAGUCUGUUCUGUUCAUUAUGUAGUCUGUUCUGUUCAUUAUGUAGUCUGUUCUGUUCAUUAUGUAGUCUGUUCUGUUCAUGAUGUAGUCUGUUCAUUAUGUAGUCUGUUCUGUUCAUUAUGUAGUCUGUUCUGUUCAUUAUGUAGUCUGUUCAUUAUGUAGUCUGUUCUGUCAUUAUGUAGUCUGUUCUGUUCAUUAUGUAGUCUGUUCAUUAUGUAGUCUGUUCUGUUCAUUAUGUAGUCUGUUCUGUUCAUUAUGUAGUCUGUUCAUUAUGUAGUCUGUUCUGUUCAUUAUGUAGUCUGUUCUGUUCAUUAUGUAGUCUGUUCAUUAUGUAGUCUGUUCAUUAUGUAGUCUGUUGUGUUCAUUAUGUAGUCUGCUCAUUAUGUAGUCUGUUCUGUUCAUUAUGUAGUCUGUUCAUUAUGUAGUCUGUUCUGUUCAUUAUGUAGUCUGUUCUGUUCAUUAUGUAGUCUGUUCAUUAUGUAGUCUGUUCUGUUCAUUAUGUAGUCUGUUCUGUUCAUUAUGUAGUCUGUUCAUUAUGUAGUCUGUUCAUUAUGUAGUCUGUUCUGUUCAUUAUGUAGUCUGUUCUGUUCAUUAUGUAGUCUGUUCAUUAUGUAGUCUGUUCUGUUCAUUAUGUAGUCUGUUCUGUUCAUUAUGUAGUCUGUUCAUUAUGUAGUCUGUUCUGUUCAUUAUGUAGUCUGUUCUGUUCAUUAUGUAGUCUGUUCUGUUCAUUAUGUAGUCUGUUCUGUUCAUUAUGUAGUCUGUUCUGUUCAUUAUGUAGUCUGUUCUGUUCAUGAUGUAGUCUGUUCAUUAUGUAGUCUGUUCUGUUCAUUAUGUAGUCUGUUCUGUUCAUUAUGUAGUCUGUUCAUUAUGUAGUCUGUUCUGUUCAUUAUGUAGUCUGUUCUGUUCAUUAUGUAGUCUGUUCAUUAUGUAGUCUGUUCUGUUCAUUAUGUAGUCUGUUCUGUUCAUUAUGAUGUCUGUUCAUUAUGUAGUCUGUUCUGUUCAUUAUGUAGUCUGUUCUGUUCAUUAUGUAGUCUGUUCAUUAUGUAGUCUGUUCAUUAUGUAGUCUGUUGUGUUCAUUAUGUAGUCUGCUCAUUAUGUAGUUUGUUCAUUAUGUAGUCUGUUCAUUAUGUACUUUUCUGUUCAUUAUUUUAUUUCUGUUCUGUUCAUUAUGUAGUCUGUUCAUUAUGUAGUCUGUUCUGUUCAUUAUGUAGUCUGUUCUGUUCAUUAUGUAGUCUGUUCAUUAUGUAGUCUGUUCAUUAUGUAGUCUGUUCUGUUCAUUAUGUAGUCUGUUCUGUUCAUUAUGUAGUCUGUUCAUUAUGUAGUCUGUUCUGUUCAUUAUGUGUCUGUUCUGUUCAUUAUGUAGUCUGUUCAUUAUGUAGUCUGUUCUGUUCAUUAUGUAGUCUGUUCUGUUCAUUAUGUAGUCUGUUCUGUCAUUAUGUAGUCUGUUCUGUUCAUUAUGUAGUCUGUUCUGUUCAUUAUGUAGUCUGUUCUGUUCAUGAUGUAGUCUGUUCAUUAUGUAGUCUGUUCUGUUCAUUAUGUAGUCUGUUCUGUUCAUUAUGUAGUCUGUUCAUUAUGUAGUCUGUUCUGUUCAUUAUGUAGUCUGUUCUGUUCAUUAUGUAGUCUGUUCAUUAUGUAGUCUGUUCUGUUCAUUAUGUAGUCUGUUCUGUUCAUUAUGUAGUCUGUUCAUUAUGUAGUCUGUUCUGUUCAUUAUGUAGUCUGUUCUGUUCAUUAUGUAGUCUGUUCAUUAUGUAGUCUGUUCAUUAUGUAGUCUGUUGUGUUCAUUAUGUAGUCUGCUCAUUAUGUAGUCUGUUCUGUUCAUUAUGUAGUCUGUUCAUUAUGUAGUCUGUUCUGUUCAUUAUGUAGUCUGUUCUGUUCAUUAUGUAGUCUGUUCAUUAUGUAGUCUGUUCUGUUCAUUAUGUAGUCUGUUCUGUUCAUUAUGUAGUCUGUUCAUUAUGUAGUCUGUUCAUUAUGUAGUCUGUUCUGUUCAUUAUGUAGUCUGGUCUGUUCAUUAUGUAGUCUGUUCAUUAUGUAGUCUGUUCUGUUCAUUAUGUAGUCUGUUCUGUUCAUUAUGUAGUCUGUUCUGUUCAUUAUGUAGUCUGUUCUGUUCAUUUUGUAGUCUGUUCUGUUCAUUAUGUAGUCUAUUCAUUAUGUAGUCUGUUCUGUUCAUUAUGUAGUCUGUUCAUUAUGUAGUCUGUUCUGUUCAUUGUGUAGUCUGUUCAUUAUGUAGUCUGUUCAUUAUGUAGUCUGUUCUGUUCAUUAUGUAGUCUGUUCAUUAUGUAGUCUGUUCAUUAUGUAGUCUGUUCAUUAUGUAGUCUGUUCUGUUCAUUAUGUAGUCUUUUCUGUUCAUUAUGUAGUCUGUUCAUUAUGUAGUCUGUUCAUUAUGUAGUCUGUUCUGUUCAUUAUGUAGUCUGUUCUGUUCAUUAUGUAGUCUGUUCAUUAUGUAGUCUGUUCUGUUCAUUAUGUAGUCUGUUCAUUAUGUAGUCUGUUCUGUUCAUUAUGUAGUCUGUUCUGUUCAUUAUGUAGUCUGUUCAUUAUGUAGUCUGUUCAUUAUGUAGUCUGUUCUGUUCAUUAUGUAGUCUAUUCUGUUCAUUAUGUAGUCUGUUCAUUAUGUAGUCUGUUCUGUUCAUUUUGUAGUCUGUUCAUUAUGUAGUCUGUUCUGUUCAUUUUGUAGUCUGUUCAUUAUGUAGUCUGUUCUGUUCAUUUUGUAGUCUGUUCAUUAUGUAGUCUGUUCUGUUCAUUAUGUAGUCUGUUCAUUAUGAAGUCUGUUCUGUUCAUUAUGUAGUCUGUUCAUUAUGUAGUCUGUUCUGUUCAUUAUGUAGUCUGUUCAUAUGUAGUCUGUUCUGUUCAUUAUGUAGUCUGUUCUGUUCAUUAUGUAGUCUGUUCAUUAUGUAAUCUGUUCAUUAUGUAGUCUGAUCAUUAUGUAGUCUGUUCAUUAUGUAGUCUGUUCUGUUCAUUAUGUAGUCUGUUCUGUUCAUUAUGUAGUCUGUUCUGUUCAUUAUGUAGUCUGAUCUGUUCAUUAUGUAGUCUUUUCAUUAUGUAGUCUGUUCAUUAUGUAGUCUGAUCUGUUCAUUAUGUAGUCUUUUCAUUAUGUAGUCUGUUCAUUAUGUAGUCUGUUCAUUAUGUAGUCUGUUCAUUAUGUAGUCUGAUCAUUAUGUAGUCUGAUCAUUAUGUAGUCUGUCUCUGUUCAUCUUUCAUGGUCCUCCUAUUUCUAUUCUAAGAGGUAAUGAUGCUUUACAUUUUUACAGUGCCUUGCAAAAGUAUUCAUCCCCCUUAGCGUUUUUCCUAUUUUGUUGCAUUACAACCUGUAAUUGAAAUUUAUUUUUAUUUGGAUUUCAUGUAAUGGACAUACACAAAAUAGUCCAAAUUGGUGAAGUGAAAUGAAAAAAAUAAAAAAUUCAAAAAACUCUACUAAAUAAAUGGUGGUGCGUGCAUAUGUAUUCACCAUGAAGACCAAGGAGCUCUCCAAACAGGUCAGGGACAAAGUUGUGGAGAAGUACAGAUCAGGGUUGGGUUAUAAAAAAAUAUCUGAAACUUUGAACAUCCCACGGAGCACCAUUAAAUCCAUUAUUUAAAAAUUGAAAGAAUAUGGCACCACAACAAACCUGCCAAGAGAGGGCCGCCUUCCAAAACUCACGGACCAGGCAAGGAGGGCAUUAAUCAGAGAGGCAACAAAGAGACCAAAGAUAACCCUGAAGGAGCUGCAAGGCUCCACAGCAGAGAUUGGGGUAUCUGUCCAUAAGACCACUUUAAGCCAUACACUCCACAGAGCUGGGUUUUAUGGAAGAGUGAUCAGAAAAAAGCCAAUAAGCAAACACGUUUGGUGUCUGCCAAAAGGCAUGUGGGAGACUCCCCAAACAUAUGGAAAAGGGUACUCUGGUCAGAUGAGACUAAAAUUGACUUUUCUGGCCAUCAAGGAAAAUGCUACGUCUGGCGCAAACCGAACACCUCUCAUCACCCCGAGAACACCAUCGACAAGGACUGGGAAACUGGUCAGAAUUGAAGGAAUGAUGGAUGGCACUAAAUACAGGGAAAUUCUUGAGGGAAACCUGUUUCAGUCUUCCAGAGAUUUGAGACUGGGACGGAGGUUCACCUUCCAGCAGGACAAUGACCCUAAGCAUACUGCUAAAGCAACACUCGAGUGGUUUAAGGGGAAACAUUUACAUGUCUUGGAAUGGCCUAGUCAAAGUCCAGACCUCAAUCCUAUUGAGAAUCUGUGGUAUGACUUAAAGAUUGCUGUACACCAGCGGAACCCAUCCAACUUGAAGGAGCUGGAGCAAUUUUGCCUUGAAGAAUGGGCAGAAAUCCCAGUGGCUAGAUGUACCAAGCUUAUAGAGACAUACCCCAAGAGACUUGUAGCUGUAAUUGCUGCAAAAGGUGGCUCUACAAAGUAUUGACUUUGGGGGGGUGAAUAGUUAUGCACGCUCAAGUUUUCUUGUUUGUUUCACAAGAAACAUAUUUUGCGUCUUCAAAGUGGUAGGCAUGUUGUGUAAAUCAAAUGAUACAAACCCCCCAAAAAUCCAUUUUAAUUCCAGGUUGUAAGGCAACAAAAUAGGAAAAAUGCCAAGGGGGUUGAAUACUUUCGCUAGCCACUGUAUAUGAUUUUCUCUGUCUCUGCUCUCCCCUGGCACUCUUAGGCUUGUUGGAAGAGGAAAUCGAUCUUGUUUUACUUUUAAAGAUGCAGUCCUCAGUCUUUCUGUCUGUCCUACAGUAAAGGCUGUAACAUUACUCGUUGUAAAUUAAUGCUUUUGCAGACACAAAAUGCAUUUUGGCCAUGCAUGUUUCUCUGUGUCUGCUCUGUCCUGUCACUCUUCGUGGCAUUGUUUUGUUUUAAAGCUAAUUUUAAAAAUGUGUCUGUCUGCUUAAUAUGGCCCUAACCUUGCUGUUUUGUCCACUGGGAAUGUUUGUAGACAUAAACAGAGAUUGAGGAGCUGCUUUAAAAUGUGUCUGUCCUGAUUAUUCUGUGUCUCUCACUCUCUUCUCCCUCUCUACCCACUCUCUUCUCCCUCUCUCCUCCCCCUCUCUACCCACUCUCUUCUCCCCCUCUCUUCUCCCUCUCUACUCUCUCUCUUCUCCCUCUCUCCUCCCCCUCUCUACCCUCUCUUCUCCCUCUCUCUUCUCCCUCUCUCUUCUCCCUCUCUACCCUCUCUCUUCUCCCUCUCUCUUCUUCCCCUCUCUUCCCCCCUCUACCCUCUUUCUUCCCCCUCUCUUCCCCCUCUCUCUUCUCCCUUUCUCUUCUCCCUCUCUCUUCUCCCUCUCUCUUCUCCCUCUCUACCCUCUCUCUUCUCCCUCUCUCUUCUCCCUCUCUCUUCUCCCUCUCUACCCUCUCUAUUCUCCCUCUCCUCCCCCUCUCUCUUCUCCCUCUCCUCCCUUCCUCUCCCUGCUCUCUCCCUCUGCAGGAAGGAGUUCUGUGAGCUGUGUAUGGCUAAAGACAGACAGACCAACAAAGUCUUUGUCUGUAAGAAGUUUCUCAAGAAGGACGGGAGGAAAGUACGCAAGGCUGCCAAGAAUGAAAUCCUGAUCCUCAAAAUGUACGUGAUCUCUUGA